UUUUGAAUCUAAAAAGGGGAAGAGGAGGGGCAAGUAGAGGUAGUUGACGACAAAGCCAACCCACCUCUCACCAACCCCGUCACACCAGUUCCGCACCUUUAUCCACCUUACCAAACACAUCCCUUCCUCCUCUCCUCCCCUUUUUUAUUUUCAAUAUUCAACUCCAUUUACCAACUUAACUUCAGCCAACUCUCUCUCGUUCUCUAGCUCUUCUUUCUCUCACAAACCAAAUGGGUGGGGAGCGAAAGGUAUUCACUUUAGAUGAGGUCUCUCAGCACAACUCCCCCAAAGAUUGUUGGCUUGUCAUUGACGGCAAGGUGUAUGAUGUGACAAAAUUCUUGGACGACCAUCCUGGUGGUGAUGAGGUUUUGUUGUCGGCCACAGGAAAGGAUGCAACUGAUGACUUUGAGGAUGUUGGUCACAGUAGCAGCGCAAAAGCAAUGAUGGAUGAGUUUUUUGUAGGUCACAUUGAUUCAUCAACCAUUCCCACCCGGGUGAAGUACACACCUCCUAAGCAGCCUCACUACAAUCAAGACAAGACACCAGAGUUCAUUAUAAAGCUACUCCAGUUCCUAGUUCCUCUGCUAAUCUUGGGCUUGGCUUUUGGUGUUCGAUUCUAUACCAAAUCUGCUUAAAUAUAAAUUGGAUAACCAAAUUUGAAAGAUCUUUGCAAUAAGCUUUUAUCAGUUACCAUUGCACCCCGUAUCAUUAGUUGUUUGAAACCGUUUUCUUCAGGGAGUGUAGGAUAUUUCAUUGUUGAUUUGUGAGAAUGUGCUUGUUUUUUUCAUA